GCGGAUCUAGGGUCCCUCUACCUGCUUAUAAGCUGGGGCAAGUCUGGAUUCUGGCAUGAGCCCCAGAGAGCUGCGGCUGCCGGGUUCAGACAGAGGCAUCUUCUCGCCACCCACCACACCCGCCUUGUGAGCUCCCGGUGCCAUGGGGAGGCAGAGAGAAGUGCUGACGGUCCUUGGACAGAGGCUGAGGAUCAGGAAUAAGCUCCUCCGGCAGGCUCUGGCUGAAUGCCUGGGCACGCUGAUCUUGGUGAUGUUCGGUUGUGGGUCCGUGGCCCAGAUCGUGCUCAGCAGAGGGAGCCAUGGACGUUUCCUGACGGUCAACCUGGCGUUUGGUUUUGCCGUGACGCUUGGAAUUCUGAUUGCUGGACAAAUCUCAGGUGGUCAUUUGAACCCUGCCGUCACCUUUGCUAUGUGCUUUAUGGCCCGGGAACCCUGGAUCAAGCUUCCGAUUUAUGCCCUAGCCCAGACCCUUGGGGCUUUUCUAGGGGCAGGCAUCGUGUACGGCUUAUACUUUGAUGCCAUCUGGGCUUUUGGUGACAACCAACUCUUCGUAUUGGGCCCCAAUGGGACUGCUGGCAUCUUUGCUACCUACCCAUCUGAGCAUCUGAAUUCUGUGAAUGGAUUUUUUGACCAGUUCAUUGGCACUGCAGCAUUGCUGGUUUGUGUUCUGGCCAUUGUGGAUCCUUACAACAACCCUGUCCCAAGAGGGUUGGAAGCAUUUACUGUUGGCUUCGUCAUCUUGGUUAUUGGAACAUCCAUGGGGUUCAAUUCUGGUUACGCUGUCAACCCAGCCCGAGACUUAGGGCCCCGUCUCUUCACAGCCAUUGCUGGCUGGGGUACCGAAGUUUUCACCACUGGUAGGCACUGGUGGUGGAUUCCCAUCGUUGCUCCUUUCCUUGGUGCCAUCGCAGGUGUUAUGGUCUACCAACUGAUGAUAGGGUGCCAUGAUGAACCACCUCCCGAGACCAGUGACGAGGAAAACGUCAGGCUGUCCAAGGUGAAGCAGAGGGACAAUGUCUGAAGCUGCUGAGCAACACAGUUGUUCCUGGGACAUUAAAAAAAAAUGAUAAAAUUAAAAGACUGAAAGAACCAAAGAAGAAAGCAAAGCGCUCACACAACAGGAUAUCCUUUGAGUCUUUUUGGAGUCUUCUCCACGCUUCACUUCUUUGUCUACCCUUGAUGCUUCUGUUAAGGCAGCUUUCUCCCAUCAAGUUCCCUCCAGAUGUUUUGGAACUAGAAUUCCCAGGUUUCUCUUUGACCAUGCUGGCUGGGAAGGAUGGGAAUUACAGUCCCAGCAGAUCUGGAGGUCACCACAUGGAGGGAAUGGCCUGUGAAUAUGCAUAUCUAAUACCUUGUUGUGGGAUUAGGAUCUAACUUGGCUUGCUCUGAGGGACAACCUGUCCAAUAGUUCUGGCUCGAGGUGGACUACUUGGGCUACCUGAGGCUGCCCUUUCGCUAAGUCCUAACAGGUUUUCUGCUUUGGUCCUCUCUGUUGCUUCUUCUUUUGGCCUGGGAUGGGUUUGAAGGGUAUGGAUUCAUCUUUGUAAAUAAAUUUGGGGCCACCACUUGAGAGAGGGAUGGGAAAAAAGCUACUGCAGCUGCUAUUCUCAGCUGGAUAGGCCAGAUCCAUUCAUUUAUAGGGCUGGAUUUUCUGCAAGACAUUUUGGGUGAAAAUCAAGGAUUAUGGCCUAACUUGGUCAACUUUUAAGGUGCAAGAAAGGGAAACUUCCAACAAUAUUGACUGAAUUCAAGAUUAUGGGUAAGCAGGAAAAAUCCAGUCAAGAGGAAAAAGCUAUUGUUUUACUAUUGUUGGCCUUAAGCAAAACACUAUACAAAAAGAGUUGCUUUUCAAUGAGAUGAGUGGUGACAAAUUUGAUAUAUAAAUAAAAAAAUAAAAUAAAAUAAAAUAAAAGUUGGCUGGAGGGGGUCUCUUCCCAGGCACUCCAAAUGCCACAAUACAUUUUGUCCCAAUUAAAUAAGGCUUUUACCUUCUGAAAAACCUGCCUUUUUUAAUUUUUAAAUUUAUUUUUUUAAAAAUUUAAUUCUUGCUUUAACCUGUUUUUCUUCAUUGGUUUAAAAAUGCCUUUAUAAAAAGAUCUUCAGAUGGUUACCAUGUCAUUCACACCCCGGUGGGUUGCUGUCUUAAGCAGAGUACAGCAGGGUGAAAUGGAGUGCUGAAUUUUGGCCCAGGCCUUCUGCAUAGGUCUGCUCUUACUGCCUUUGGGGCAGUACAACGGAGCUUGGAAGAGAACCAGCUUGGUAAUAUCAUGCAAUAACUCAUUUGGGCCCAAUCCUCUCCUUUCAACAUUAAUCAGCAGAAAAUUGAAAAAGCGCUUCCAUUGAAACUAUGUAAGAGAGAGAGAGAAAAAAACAUGUUUAUAUUCCCAAUGUGAUACAAACUUCUUGUAAAUUAUGGGUUUCCUGAACAAUAUGUAAAGUUUUUACCAUUUGUACUGUAUUUCCAGUUUUUUAAAAAAACGAAAUAAAUACAUUUCUUGUAUAA